AUGCCAUGAAUCCACUCCAGCUUUGUGCAAUACCAUGUAUGUCAAAACUCACCCAAUUAUCAUGUUGGUGUCUGCCUACACCUCUGAUACGGCAGAUGAAAAAAACACAAGAGAGCCAGUAGUAUGGAGAUCUACUGAUACAGGAGAUAGAAGAUAUGUUGCCUCCUACCUAUUCUACAAUGGAAUGUUUGGCUAUAAAAAGAAAAAAAGGGGCAAUCUCUUCUCAGCCUUCAAGGACCUACCCUGGCAGUAGAAGAAGAUCCAGUGAAACUGCCGUUGGGCUAUUGUAGAGUUUGGAUCCAUCGUCACUCCUUCCCUUCCCUGGAAAGUAUAGAAGCAAUUGGCUGACAGAUAUGGAGCAGAAGCGCUUAAGUACACAGAUAGGGGCGAUUUUCAAAACACUGAAUUCCACAGAAAGAUUGGCAUUAUCCAGGGAAUGCUUGAGGAAACUGCUUUAACCGAGAGCCAUUCAUUCCUUCUUCCCAGGGCAGAAAAGGUGUAUUUUCUACUGAAGCAUCUAACACUGGAGAGCAACAUUUCAGGUCCAAAACAAAGCAAAAUGAGAUGUUGUCUGAGCUGA